UCGGGCCCCUCUCGGCGUGUCUUCCUUCAAGAUGACAGGGCGCUGGAGAAAAGGCUGCUGGAAUCAGCUGGUUUCAGCAUGUAGAGGUCUUUCAGCAAUGCUCCUGACCAUCUGUCAUUUUGGAGGGAAACCUUCCUCAGUUCUCCCAGGUGAAAGCCCAGCCUCUGUGGUUCUUAAUGCCCCAGCAGGAUUAUUUUCACUAAAGAUGGAAACACUGGAGUCCGAAUUGACCUGUCCAAUCUGCCUGGAGUUGUUCGAGGACCCCCUGCUGCUCCCCUGUGCCCACAGCCUCUGCUUCAGCUGUGCCCACCGCAUCCUGGUCUCGAGCUGCAGCUCUGGUGAAUCCAUUGAACCCAUUACCGCUUUCCAGUGUCCUACGUGCAGGUAUGUUAUCUCGCUGAACCACCGGGGCUUGGACGGCCUCAAGAGGAAUGUGACUUUGCAGAACAUCAUCGAUCGCUUCCAGAAGGCUUCCGUCAGUGGGCCCAAUUCCCCAAGUGAGAGCCGCCGGGAGAGGACUUAUAGGCCCAGCACGGCCAUGUCGAGUGAGCGAAUUGCUUGCCAGUUCUGCGAGCAGGACCCGCCAAGGGAUGCAGUCAAAACAUGCAUCACCUGUGAGGUCUCCUACUGUGACCGUUGCCUGCGGGCCACACACCCCAACAAGAAACCUUUCACCAGCCACCGCCUGGUGGAACCAGUGCCCGACACGCAUCUCCGAGGGAUCACCUGCCUGGACCAUGAGAAUGAGAAAGUGAACAUGUAUUGUGUGUCCGAUGACCAAUUGAUUUGUGCCUUAUGCAAACUGGUGGGACGUCACCGAGACCAUCAGGUCGCGUCCCUGAAUGACCGAUUUGAGAAACUCAAGCAAACUCUGGAGAUGAACCUCACCAACCUGGUUAAGCGCAACAGUGAACUAGAAAAUCAAAUGGCCAAACUAAUACAGAUCUGCCAGCAAGUUGAGGUGAAUACUGCUAUGCAUGAGGCAAAACUCAUGGAAGAAUGUGACGAGCUGGUAGAGAUCAUCCAGCAGAGGAAGCAAAUGAUCGCUGUCAAAAUCAAAGAGACAAAGGUUAUGAAACUGAGAAAGUUGGCACAGCAGGUUGCUAAUUGCCGCCAGUGUCUUGAGCGCUCAACAGUCCUCAUCAACCAGGCUGAACACAUCCUGAAAGAAAAUGACCAGGCCCGGUUUCUCCAGUCUGCAAAAAAUAUUGCCGAGAGGGUCGCUAUGGCAACAGCAUCUUCUCAAGUUCUGAUUCCAGACAUCAAUUUUAAUGAUGCCUUUGAAAACUUUGCUUUAGAUUUUUCCAGAGAAAAGAAACUGCUGGAGGGGCUAGAUUAUUUAACAGCCCCAAACCCACCAUCUAUCCGAGAGGAGCUCUGUACUGCCUCCCACGACACCAUUACAGUCCACUGGAUCUCAGAUGAUGAGUUCAGCAUCAGCUCCUAUGAGCUUCAGUACACCAUAUUCACUGGCCAGGCUAACUUCAUCAGUAAGUCAUGGUGUAGUUGGGGCCUGUGGCCAGAGAUAAGGAAAUGUAAGGAAGCAGUAAGCUGCUCAAGAUUGGCCGGGGCGCCACGAGGCCUGUACAAUUCAGUGGAUAGCUGGAUGAUUGUGCCCAACAUUAAACAGAACCACUACACAGUGCAUGGACUUCAGAGCGGGACCCGCUACAUCUUCAUUGUUAAAGCCAUAAACCAGGCCGGCAGCCGGAACAGUGAACCCACCCGACUAAAAACAAAUAGCCAACCCUUUAAACUGGAUCCCAAAAUGACUCACAAGAAGUUGAAGAUCUCCAAUGACGGGUUGCAGAUGGAGAAGGAUGAAAGCUCUCUGAAGAAGAGCCAUACCCCGGAGAGGUUUAGCGGCGCCGGGUGCUACGGUGCAGCAGGGAAUAUAUUCAUUGACAGUGGCUGCCACUACUGGGAAGUGGUCAUGGGUUCCUCCACCUGGUAUGCAAUUGGUAUCGCCUACAAAUCAGCGCCCAAGAAUGAAUGGAUUGGCAAGAAUGCCUCCUCAUGGGUCUUCUCUCGAUGCAAUAGUAACUUUGUAGUGAGACAUAACAACAAGGAAAUGCUGGUGGAUGUGCCCCCACAGUUGAAACGUCUGGGUGUCCUUCUGGAUUAUGACAACAACAUGCUAUCUUUCUAUGACCCAGCUAACUCUCUCCAUCUUCAUACUUUUGACGUGACCUUCAUUCUUCCAGUUUGUCCAACAUUCACAAUCUGGAACAAAUCCCUAAUGAUCCUGUCUGGCUUGCCUGCCCCAGAUUUUAUUGAUUACCCUGAGCGGCAGGAAUGCAACUGCAGGCCUCAAGAAUCCCCUUAUGUUUCUGGGAUGAAAGCUUGCCAUUAAGUUUUCAGAGAGCCAAUAAUUCACUGGCUCUCCAGUCCAGCAGGUCUUCCCCUCCUAAACCUCAGUUAGUGUCCAAUAUACAAAAUACAAAAUAAAGUUCAUCUGAAGCACCCAAAAUAACUAGAUACUAUAGAUUUAAUUUCUGUGCAUUAACGCUUGUAUUUGAAUUAAUGUAUUGAGUCUCUCAGAAUGAGUUAUCUGAGUAGUCUGGGUUCAAGCCAUUGGAGGAGAAAUUUAGAGAAUACCUCUCUUAUCAUUGGAGAAUUAAAAAUUCCCAGUGAUUUAGGAGUAUAAAUGAUAUUGGAAGGAAUUAGGAUAAUUCUAAGUAAAUAAUGUAGAAAGAUGCUCUGUACAAGGGGCUAGCCAGCCGGAAAGGUGUGCGUGGGUGGGGGUGUCAGCCUUUCCUAGCACUGGCCAGUAUGGCCAAGUAGAAUUUUGAGGAGUCAAAGGAUCACAUAUUAUAUGUAGUUUUUGAUAAAAAGCCUACAAUCAAGGAUUUAUUAUACAAAGAAAUGUAUGUGUAUAUAUAAUAUAUAUAUAAAAUGAAUAAAUAAUAUAUGUUAUAUAUUCAUUUUAUAAUUAUAUAUACAUAAUAAAUUUUUUGAUUUGCUCAUUUGAGUGAGAAAUAUACUGGAAGGGAAAAUGAGUUAUAUCAUCCAUUUUUGUCCCCUAAAGGGAACAUCAUCAAAAUCAGGCAACAUUUCCUCCCCCACUCCACUCAUCCCUCCCCUUCUCCCUCCUGUCACACACACAGGUACAUGUGCAAUAAUGACAUAGAUGCUGGGAAGAGCUCUAAAUUGGAUUAGGAGAGAUUGGGGUACAAGAUUGCACAAGAGAUGCUAUUGCCGGAUAGAAAAUUGAUCCAAGUAGAAGCACAGUUUCACUGAGGCUGCCUAAUGGAGGAGGUUCAUUUGAAUUGUUAAAAAUUCCGUCACAGAAUGUCCCAAAGAAAUACCGUUUCAUUACUCUCAAGUAUGUACAGUUACCAGAAUUAGGCUUAAAAAAAGGAAAAGAAAAAAAGAGUUGCAUAAUGGAUGUUCUUUAGGAAGUUUAUUUACUUAAUCGGUAAGAAUGGAGUUUUCUAGAUGCAACAACAAUUUGCAUAUAAAUAUACUUGUAUUUUCAGAUAAAACACUUCUGAAGUGCUUCAGAGUGCCCGAGAACAGUCUGUUUGACUAAACAGGUUAAAGAAUUGUUCCUCAUGCGAUCUUGUUUACACUAGUAAUCUGCUUAUCCGACCCUUCCGUGGCAAGUGCAAAUGUAACUUUCAUCCGAGUCUUCCUCACUGUUGUUGAAGGGCAUCAAGUUUUAUGGUCUGUGAUUUUUGUCAGUCCCGCUGCAGGGACUGGGGAUGUCAGAACCAGAGCUUUCUCCUUCCCAGGAGAUAAGUCCGCCUCGAGGACUCUACUUCUUGGGAGUUGCGAAAAUACUAUUUCUGUACAAAGCGGUAGCUGUUACAAGCCACCAGACUGGAGCCUUGGAACAAUGCCAAAAUGUCUCCCCUCUUCCUUCUGACAGCCUCGGUGGACGUAUGUUCAUUCGUUCAUUCAUUCAUUCAUUCAUUCAUUCAUUCAACAAACUACUAGAUGCUGGGUACCAUUCUGCUGCUGAUGUAUUGAUAAAAACACAGUCCCUUGCUGUCAAAUGCCUUACUAUUCUGUAGGAGAGACAAAGUAGCUAUAAAAAUCCCCUAAAUAACAGCUUUGUAUUGUUUAUUCACUUAACAGGGAAAGCAGGACUGAUGCGCAUACAGAUGGCAGGCUCAAACUUACGUUAUCUAGCAGCAACGUCAGCUUUUUGGUUGAAAUAAACCGUAUGUCAUUUCUGCUAAUUAGGAAAGGAGCAACCUCAGUCAGAUCGAGCAGUGAGGGGAGCUAGCUUGCUGCCAUGGACAGCUCGUAGUCUUUGGACUAAAAUAAUCCUAGUUCUUCUGCCAUUUCCUAGCGGUGUGACCUAGGGGAAGCACUUCACUUCUCUGAGCCUCUGUUUCCUCUUCUGUAAAAUAAUACCUACCUCACAAGGCUGUUGCAAAGAUUUCAAAAGAUAGCACAUGUAAACUGCCUAGCACAGCACCUGGCACGUAGUGAAGUGCGCAAGAAACAUUCACCCCCUCCUCCCGGCCCCAGCCCCAGUACAGUGUAGUGGUGCUUUAAAAUGGAUGCCUUGCAUUUCUCAGUUACUCUGGUCUCUCCUCGAGGGGUGGGCCCUCAGUUUAAAAAAAAAACAUUUCCCCACUUCCCCUUCAGAAAACCUCUCACUGGCUCCCAUAGCGUUCAGUAGAAGGUCCCAUUUACUUCGGGUUUGGCUUUUCAGGUCCCCUGUUCGCUUUCCCAGCUUCAGCCUUUGCCACUUUCCUCCUUCCACUUGUUACGUGAGACAAGGUCAACUCUUCAUACAAAUGGUUCUCUGGGCCUGGGAUAGAGACAUCACUAACAGUUCUGAUGCCCAGAGGGGACAGGAAUUGUUCUUGCAUUGAGGGCAUAGUGUGAAAAUGCUAUAAAUGCAGAACAUGCCCCCUCCACCCCAGUCCAGUUCCUUUUACCUUAUCUUUGGGUCUCUGCAGCUAUUCAUUUUUUUCUGCCCUUUACCUUUUAGUGGCCUGGGACAAAGCUUCAAUUUCCCCACCUUACAUUUGACCCUAGCCUAGACUACCUUUCCCCACCCCAACCCUCUCAACCAGGUUAACUCCUGACCACCCCCUAGACUGGGGUGUGUUCUCUUCUGAGCUCUCAUGGCACCCUGAGAGUUCCCCCCACCCCCUUCUCAGCAAUAAUCACCUUGUAUAGCAGUGUUUUUCAAAGUGUGGUCCUCAGACCGCCUGGUAGAGUCACCUUUGGUGUUUGUAAAAACAAUGAUCUUAGACCCCACUCCUGAUCUACUUAAUUGGACUAUCUGGGCACAUAAGUGGAAUUUUACAUUUUGAACAAGUUCCCAGGUAAUUCUAAUGCACACAAAAGUUUAAUGUAUAAUAAUCAUCUUCCCUACUAGACUGUGAAUGGAUACCUUGAGGGCAGGGACUGUGUCUUUUGUUGUUGUACUUUUUAAUACUUGGCAUGGUGCGUGGAACAGAGUAGUUGCCUGACUAAUGUUUAUUGAAUGGAUGUACGAAUGAAUGAAUGAAUAAGCAAAGUUUCCCUGUUGUACUCUGAUAUCCAUACCGGUGUUUGUUAUUUUCUGGGCAGGAAAGCUUGGUUACUUCUUCAUUUGGGCUGUGUUGAUAUUAUUUUGCAGAUGUCCCAGGACUCAUACAUAUAAAUGACUAUUGUCUGCCUCAGAAGCUCUUUGGAAGUUAACUUGGGGAAUUGUCUAGAACAUGUGGCACUAUUCUUUUCAAGAACGUCCCAAUCUUUUCAAACUUCGUCCUCUGAAGGUGAAUUUAAGUUUGGGCUACAGCCAAAAAUUGCUCAUAGUUUAACCUACUGAAUAAUGUAGGAAAUUAAAUUGGGUUUGGGGUAAACAGUGACGUCUCUCAGCCAAAUAAUGAAAAGAGGUUUCCACGAAACAACAUGGUGGCAAAGUACUCUCCUGUGGGGGUGUGGUGAGUCCCGGAGACUUCAAGGCUUUCCUCGAUAGUGGCAAUGCCAGAGACCUUAAGAGAAGCCAUUGACUGGCUCUAGCUAGAUAAACCCAGUUGGACAAAGGGAGUAAGACCUGUAUUUAACAUCUUCAAGGACGGCGACGCCCUCAGUUUUCAUUGUUGUUGCCCUACUCAAUCUAUUCUCCUACAAUCCUUUCUGCUAGCAAAUUAUUCUUUCUGUCUGCAAUUUAUGCUUGUUUCCACUUUUUUAUAUUGUCUUAUUGAAGAAAGCACAAAACUAAUCAAAAUAGAAUUAAACCUGUUUUGAGAAUAUGAAAGAAAUUUUAAUGCCACGUCGGAGUUGUGACUACUUGUAAGUAAGAAUUGCUGCAUCUGUAUGUGUUUUUAUCAUGUAAUUCCAUUGUGUAACUUUGGAUGCAGUGAAAUUCAGAUUUCAGCAACAUCACUUAUGUGUUCUUUUCAGCUUAAAUACACUAGGUGAAUUUUCUAAGCUUCCAUGGUUUACAUAUUUAUAUAUGACUACCUGGAUGGAGCAAUCCAUGGAUGGACUUUUUGAUAAGCUCAAAUAUUUGAUACCCUUUCCUCUACAGAAUGGAGAAUGUGAGGCUGACAGAUAAGAACCACUCCCAUGCUUAUUUCCAUUCCUGAAGCCAAUUGCAGCCUUGGAGCCAUUGGCUGUAUUUGGCUGUGUAUUACAGGUUGGCCAGGUUGACUGCCAUCAGGGCAGGUAAAACUGCCUUUUACAGUCUGGUCUGCCAGCUUCAGACAUAUACUGUGUUAUUGUUGUUGGCUAGAAUAUUUAUUAGACUAUUGUCAGAAUAUUUUUUAUCAAAUAUUUUAUCCCAGACUUGUUUGUACUGGGAGCUCUGGACCAAUAGUGUCUCUCCUAGUGACAGAAAUCUGAGCAUCUGUGAUUACACAGCCUCAUCCUUCUAAAAUAUCCCAGCCAUCCAAAAUGCUAUAUUAUGAAUUAAAUAAAUAUAUAUGUAUUCA